CUGUCUAUGAUGCCACAACGACAUUUGAUCCAAUGACAGCAUCUUGAGCCUGUUUAAUGUUUACUACCAUUUUCUCUUUGUAAAGGAGACGCCAUUUUGCAAGCGUCAUUUGGCGGCGUGUCGGGUUUCGGCAUUUUAAACCGAAAUACCUAGAACCAAAUAUUAUUAUUGUUUUGUUUUUGUGUAAUAUGUCGUAUCAGUCCAGUGUAGCGCAGGAUACAUUAGCUGCGGCACAAUUGGAAAUGGCCGGUAACCCCAAUGCAUUGGCCCUGCGUCGGCCAUUUGAUCCAGUGGCGCACGACUUGGAAGCCAGUUUUCGUUUAACGCGAUUUGCGGAUUUAAAAGGCAGAAGCUGUAAAGUACCUCAAGAUGUUUUGGGGAAAUUGGUGGAAUCUCUGCAGCAAGACUACUCACAACAGGAGCAGGAUCAAUUUAUGCAUGUGGCGAUACCACGCAUCGGCAUUGGUUUGGAUUGCUCGGUGACGCCACUACGACACGGGGGACUUUGUUUGGUGCAAACGACUGACUUUUUCUAUCCGCUAGUGGAUGAUCCCUACAUGAUGGGAAAAAUUGCGUGUGCUAACGUUCUCAGCGAUCUGUACGCCAUGGGUGUGACUGAAUGUGACAAUAUGUUAAUGCUUUUGGGAGUCUCAACCAAGAUGACUGAAAAGGAACGUGAUGUAGUUAUUCCCCUUAUCAUGCGAGGAUUCAAGGAUUCUGCGCUAGAAGCCGGUACGUCUGUUACUGGUGGCCAAACAGUCAUCAACCCCUGGUGUACUAUUGGGGGGGUUGCUACCACAAUUUGUCAACCAAAUGAGUACAUUGUACCAGACAAUGCUGUGAUGGGCGAUGUGCUGGUGCUAACAAAACCCCUAGGCACCCAGGUAGCUGUUAAUGCCCAUCAAUGGCUUGACCAGCCUGAGCGUUGGAAUAGAAUUAAAUUGGUGGUAUCUGAAGAGGAUGUCCGUAAAGCUUACCACCGCGCUAUGGACUCAAUGAGCAGACUGAAUCGUAUUGCAGCUCGUCUUAUGCAUAAAUAUAAUGCUCAUGGGUCUACAGAUGUUACUGGAUUUGGCUUGCUUGGCCAUGCACAAAACUUAGCAUCACAUCAAAAGAAUGAAGUAUCAUUUGUGAUACACAACUUGCCAGUGAUAGCCAAGAUGGCAGCUGUGGCGAAAGCUUGUGGCAACAUGUUCCAGUUGCUUCAAGGUCACGCCCCCGAGACGUCAGGUGGCCUUCUCAUCUGUUUGCCACGUGAACAGGCCGCAGCAUACUGUAAAGACAUUGAGAAGCAGGAGGGUUACCAGGCCUGGAUUAUUGGUAUUGUAGAAAAAGGCAACCGUACUGCCCGUAUCAUUGACAAGCCCCGAGUUAUUGAAGUGCCAGCUAAAGAUUAAAUAAUUUGAACAUCAUCGAUGAUUGAGACAUUUUGAAGUUGAAAUUUUUUACAAUUUAAGUUUGACUUCUCACUAGCUUCACUAAUAGUGAAGUUUUAUUUUAAACAAUUUAUUAUCUAUAAUUUAAGGGUUCUCUGUUUUCUUAUAUGUAUGAAGUUCUUUCUUUCUAGCUAAAUGCUAUUUUUUUUGUAUCAUAAUGAACAGCCAGUAUGUUCUGGUGAUAGAUAUAAGAAAGCUUUUAGAGAACUUGAUCUAGUGACUUCGGUGUUUAUAUGUAUAAGGCGAUAUUAUGAAUAAGAGAAUGAUUCCAUUAGGUAUGACAUAACCUAGCAUUUGUUUGCAGCUUUAUAACAUUUCCUGCAAAUUGUGAGAAUAAAAAUAAUUAUUAGAAUAAAGUUAUUUUUCAGUCA